CUUCUUUAUGAGUCCUGGAGUCCCUACUUGUACUUAUACACAAUAGUCCCCUUAGCCUUUACCUAAAGGUGGCUCUUGGACCAUUCUUCCCGUCGUCGAUCGCCGUCCGAGAACCGAAAACGUCACGGCUGUCAAUUUUUCUUCGGCACCAUCCGUAGUUGGCGGUUCGGGAGCUUCAAGUUACGGACAAGCCAACAAUCGCGGUUCUCACAAACCUAUUAGCCAUCUACCUACUGUCAAAGUCGCACAAGGCACUUUGUUGGCCACUGUCGAUUGCGACCCAAACCGUUGCUGAGGGCUAAAGUUGUGAUUUGUGUGGACACUGGACAGUGGCUGUUGCCGACCUUUGGGUCUUCAAAGUUGUGGCUCCCACGGCUCCCUAGGCCCGAGCAGGCUCUCCUCAUGUCAUAUUGCGGAGCCUACCUCUUCGCCUGAGCCCAACUUUAACUUAAGUCUUCAACCUCAGGCUCUCCAUCAUCUACCGCGGACUGUGGUAAACUGCCCGCCCUCUCACCGCCGUCUUUCUCUCUUAUAACUACAAAUGAUGAUCCUAUCCUCCGAUGGCUUCUGUCACCUCUAGCCAGAUCAUUUCUCCCGAGAAUAUCGCCGCUGGCUAUUCCAAGACCAGCCGUCGACAAUACCAGAGUUGCGACCAAUGUCGCAAAAGUCGAAGAGCGUGUGAUGCCAGUGCAUUGCGAGUGGUCAACUUUCCUCUAGGUGAGGACGAAGGAGGUAAUCCGUCAUCCUCAACUUGCGAAGCGUGCUCCAAUUGCGCCAGAACCAGCAAGAAAUGUACAUUUGAAUGGCUCCGCUUGCGUCCUUUAGACGGUCUACCUAAGGGUGUUAAGAGAAAGCUCGUAUCGACUGGUUUUCCCGAAGCCGUUCUUGCUUAUACACAUGCAACUCCCGAGGCCCCUCCGCAGCCAUCUCCUGAGUUUCACGCCUCUUUAGCCACAGACGAACCUUUACAGUCUGGGUGUCUACCCUCGUUGAACGGGCAUGUAUCCAGCGAUGCUGGUCACACAACUGCAGCCUCGUCGGCGCAAUCCAAUGGUUCGCUUCAUCGCAAGCCCUCAUCCGAACUCCAGAACAGCUUCGAGUUUCGGAGCCCAUCUCUUCCUCUCACGAUCUCAAACUACAACCUACAUCCACCCCAGUUCCGAUCUCCGAUUGUAAUGCCGCUUUCGAGACCUAGAGCUGCCAGACUAGAGAAACCCAAUGACUGGAAUCCUCCCAGUCUUGACCGCUUCGACACUUACACUUCUUCUGCAAGUUACGACUCGACCGAGUCUCGUACGAUCAGCGCCACCUCGCAGACUUCAUUCAGCGCCACCUCUGCCAGCUCGGAUUCCGGCGGUGAGAAUGACUACGCAAAAUCUCGAUUGCACAAGGCAGCAAUGGGCACGACGUCCGCCCCAACGCAACCAGACAGGUUUUCCUUCGAUGAGUUCGCCCGACGCGGUUCCACCGGCUCGAGCGCCGUAUCUAGUGGCCGACGGCAGAGUUCGAGUCCACUCUCUUCACGCCAAGUUCGCUUCGCAGACGGCGCGAUGAAGACCAUGAUCGCCACUGGACUCCUACGCAUAUAUCAUGAUAGCUUCGAAAACUCACUGUCCUGCUGGGUCACCGAGCAAAACUGUCCGUACGAAACAGAACUCAUGGACCUGCUCGCACAAGUCACUCCCAGCUCCACGGCAGAAGAGGCGGCGUUCAGACUAAGCGACAAUCGCAUCUUCUCUCGCGUGUCACGACUCGAUUCAGCAUUUUCGCGGCUGAGAGGGAGAGAAUUGAGCCCGAUGGAAAAUCGAGCGGCGUCCAAUGCUCUCAAUUCAGCCAUCAUGGCUUUCGCGAGCCAGUGGUCUCACAGCUCACACAACGCCUUCUGGCGCAGCAAAGAAGGCCUCUCCAAAAUGCAAGCGUGGCAAAAUAACGGGCGGACACUCUUCCCACCCACAAGUCGGCCCAACGACCCGGUAUUAUCGACGGAUUGUGAGCGCAUGAUUCAGAAGACUUUGUGGCAUGAAGCUCGAAAGGCGAUUCAGGCCACGACCGAAAUCGACUCGUUCAAGGUCAUUCUGGCAUAUAUGCUCUUUGCUCUGACGCAACGACCAGUGGACGAGAACCCUAAAUCUGCGCCCGACUCGAGUAAGGACGCUACCUCCUUUGAGCAGCGGAACAGCAUGCGAGAAACUUCUGAAGAACCCGUCUCUGCAGCGGCACCUGCUACCCAGUGUGCUGACCGGACCGCUUCUACCCCGACACACGAGGAAUGGGAUCCUUUCCAGACAAGCGAGCUCGAAGGCCUUGCUUCUCCUCCGGUCUAUCUUGAGACUGCUGUUCGCAAUUUAUUUUCCUGGAGGCAGAAGGUCGAAAGAUAUCGCCGGAUGCGAUCGAAGAACAAGGCAGAUGACGCUCUGGCCGCACUUGCUCUGAAAGACCAACAAACUUUCAACAUCCUCUUCUGGCUUGGAGUCAUGUGCGACACGACGUCUUCGGCCAUCACUAGACGGCCAUUGGUCAUAGCGGACGAAGACUGCGGCAUGAUCCGCGAAAAGUUGAAGUCCAUGUCGCUCAAUGACAAUCUAGGUUCCCAAUGGCCAGACAGCGACCCUACAGACCAGCAAGACGACGACGACUGCGAAGCGCUCUGGGGAAAAUACCUCCUAGACUUCAAGCCCACGGGACCCAGACCUUUGGCUCGCUGGCCAUGCAGUUUCGACGAAGCCGCACUGAUCCUGCAAGAAGCCAUCCCCGUCAAGGUGCUCAUGUUCCGCAAAGUCGGCCAACUUCAAACGCUCGCGUACCGGCGCAACGCGCCCUCGAAGUUGGAGAAAUGCAUCGAGGAGGCCCUCGAAGUCUACCAACACUGGAACGCGACCUACGGCCAGUUCAUGCUCGACUGCGUCGCCCAGCACAACCAACUUCCACCCCACGUGCAGUCGUGGUACGUUAUACUGGACGGCCACUGGCACUACGGCUGCCUCCUUUUGGCUGACAAGAUCUCGCAAACCGACAAGGAAGACCGCACGAUGAAAGUUCAGCGCCAGCUCCGCGCCACAUGCAGCCUCAUCGCCGAAUUGCGCAAGGACAACGCCCACGCCAUCGCCAGAAUCGCCGAGGCCAGCUUGUCCGAACACGGGCCCAGUUUCCGGAACAAUUCGGAAUUCCACUUUGCAUGCAACGGCAGCGCCAUCCUGACGGAGCCGUGGACGGACAUCCUCGUCCGCGCCAUGGGAAGCGCGUGCAAAAUCUUCAUCAAUUGGCUGGCGGCCUGGCAUACUCCGACGGACAGUAUGCACGACUGGGUAGUUAAGAAUACCCUUUACGAUGACUUGUACUUGCAGGCCGAGAUCUGCAUCCAGGGUAUGACGCUGCUGGGGCGAAAGUCCGACGCGGCCAAUUAUACGGCUGAAGUGUUUUGGAAGAAAUUGAGCAAGGUGUGCGAAGGCAGGCGGUCGACUCCGACUGGCAGUGUCAAGGCCGAGAAGGCUUAGGCGAAGGGGAGGGAAGCUGGGGUGCUCAAGCACUCGUAGCAGCUGCCUCUAUCUCUGUGCCCCCGACGGCAUCAGCACUGAAUCACAAUCAUUUGACGACUAAAGAUACCCAUAAAGUUUGAUAUUUCAUUCGGCGUGAAGAAGCAAGGGGUAUGUGGACAGGGAAAAGGGGAUUAUGGAUAUCUUGACACAACAUAUCAUGUAUCCAUGUUAAUGUUAAAUUGCCUCGCGAUUGGAAUCUGAAGAGAUGUCUAACGCUGCUUCAUUCGUGCAUUACUCUUGCUUCUAAGGCCAUGUUCGAGAAACACAAUGCCUUGUAGUGCUACGAAGCCACGAUACAAUGCAGGAUUGAGACUUGCCCAUAAUGGGCAUGCAUAGCAUGGGCAG